UUCAGCAGUUCAGAGCGGAUUCGAUCUGAGGAGAAUCUGAGAGACUCGGAUUUACACUGGAAUAACUCUUUAAUUCGGAUUUUAUGGGCGUUUUAGUGUUUAAUUCGAUUCGUUCUGACACGGGAUGUUGUUUGCAGUGAGUCCAGUGAACCACAGUGAGGGGUCCAGUGGGAUCUGUGGCUGAGGGUGCGAGCGGGAUGUUUGGGCAGAGCGGCGUUGGUGUUGGUGGCGUUGGUGGAGGCGGUGUGAACAGGCACUCGGGCGUGGCUCCGGGUUCGACGACGUGGACGAUGGUUAACCCACCGAGCGCCAGGGAUAACCCCCCCGCAGCCCAUCCAGACUACAUCCUGCAGCUGGUCAGCGACGUCCGCAACUUCGCCGACGUCUUACUGACCCUCAAAGAGGCGUUCCAGUCUACAGAGCGGGUGGAGUGUGUGGAGGUGGAGGAGCGGUUGGCGGAGCUCCUGCGGGUUCUGAAGGCCGUUAUUGGGAAGCACCAGGCGCUGAACUCCGUGGAGAUCCUCAGCACUGCGGGAACCGUCAUCGCCAAGGUCAAAGGUGUUAACUUUAAGGAGGUGAAUCAGGAGAACCGUAGUUCUGUGUUUCGUGAGAUCUACACCUCCAUCGAUACUUUGGCGUUCACGUUUGGCAAUGUAGUGUCUGAUUUCCUUAUGGGAGAUGUGGACAGUGGCUCCAGCGUGGGGCCGGCCCCGCCCAGACGCAGCCGGUCGUUUGAGAACCUGUCCGGAGAUGGAGGACGAGGAUGUGGGGAGGUGAAGGAUGGUCUGGCAGAAGCGUCGCGGCUGGCGGUUCCGGAGCUGACGGGGGUGGAGAAGGUGGAUCAGGCCCUGCUAAAGAAUGACAGCGGGGUGGAGUCGGCUCUGCUCUACGCCAAGGCCUGGUCCAAAUACACCAAAGAUGUUCUGGCCUGGGUGGAGAAGCGCCUCAGUCUGGAUAUGGAGUGCGCUAAAAGCUACGCUAAAAUGGCAGAAUCCGCUAAAGCUGUGGCGAUCCAGCAGGACUACAUGCCGUUCAGGGAUAUUUACGUCUCUGCAUUUAAGAACGAGAUGGAGCACAGCCAGCUCCUCCUGCAGACUGCAGCAGCUCUACAAACCAACAGAUUCAUACAGCCGCUGGUGGCCCGUAAGAAUGAUCUGGACCGGCGGAGGAAGGAGCUGAAGGAACAGUGGCAGCGGGAGCAGAAGAAAAUGAGUGAAGCGGAGAGCGCGGUGCGUAAGGCUCGGCUGCUGCAGUCUCAGAGGAGGGAGGAAUAUGAAAAAGCUCGUAACUCCAGCAGCCGCGGCGGAGAGGAUCAGCCGAGCGCCGGGGGGAAAUCUCUGGAGAAGAAGAGGAGGCUGGAGGAGGAGGCGCUGCUGAAGGCGGAGGAGGCGUUGGAGCAUUGUAAGGUGUGUGUAACAGAUGCUGGAGUAAAGAGGCAGGAGAUGGAGAACGCUAAACACCAGAUCCUCACUCAGAUCAGAGAACUCGUCUUCCAGUGUGAUCUCACGCUCAAAGCCGUGACGGUGAACUGGUUUCAGAUGCUGCAGUCUCAGGCGGUCUCUGGGCCGGUGAGGUUUCAGACUCUGUGUGAUCAGGUGAAGCAGUAUGAGCCGGGUCAGUGCUACUCCCAGUUCGUCCACAGUUUACCCAAAGAGCGGGUCUGGCUGGAGGCGCUCUCCCAGGACAGUACCGGACCCUCCAGAACCGGGAUAUCGUUCCAUAAGCGUUCCCUGAGCAGCUCACACUCUCACAGCACCACCGCUGUCACCGACGGACUCGCCGCCGACGACCUCAAUAACCCCGCCCACCACCGGCUCAGCAGAACCACCGACAAGCCGCCCAACAGCGCCGCCGACGUUCAGGGGGUGAAGUCACAGUGCCCCCCGCAGGUGUGGAGCUGCAGUAGCUCUGUGGGUGGAGGCGGGGUGGGCAGUGACUCUGAGAGCGCCGGGGGCAGCAGUGAGACCCGCUCUGUAGACUCACCUACAGCCAGCCCAGGUGAUUUUAAACGCCGGCUGCCCAGAACCCCCUCUACAGGCACCAUGUCCUCCGCUGAUGAUCUGGAUGAGAGAGAACCUCCUUCACCCAUAGACAACGGUCUGGGAGAGAUGAUGACGGAGACGACGAGUUCCCCCGGACCGUUCCGGAACACUCAGAUGUCCAAAGCGGCUCAAACACACAAACUGAGGAAACUCCGCGCCCCGUCCAAGUGCCGAGAGUGCGACAGCCUGGUGGUGUUUCACGGAGCCGAGUGUGAGGAGUGCUCGGUGGCGGUACAUAAGAAGUGUUUGGAGACGUUGGCGAUUCAGUGCGGUCAUAAGAAGCUUCAGGGUCGGCUGCAGCUGUUCGGGAUCGAUUUCGCUCAGGCGGCGAAGAACAGCCCGGACGGGAUUCCCUUCAUCAUCAAGAAGUGCACCUCCGAGAUCGAGAGCCGCGCUCUCAGCAUCAAGGGUAUUUACCGUGUUAACGGAGCGAAGUCCCGGGUGGAGAAGCUCUGCCAGGCGUUUGAGAACGGGAAGGACCUGGUGGAGCUGUCCGACCUUUACCCUCACGACAUCAGCAACGUCCUCAAACUCUACCUGAGACAGCUGCCGGAGCCGCUGAUCCUGUACCGAUAUUAUAACGAGUUCAUCGGCCUGGCGAAGGAAGCACAGGCCAUACUGGUAGAGGAGGCGGAGUCUGCACGGAACCGGCCCCUGGAGGAGGAGCCAAGCCUCAGCAUGGAGCUGAAUAGAACAGUCUUUAAAAUACGAGACCUCCUCCGGCAGCUGCCACUCGCACACUACAGAACCCUGCACUUCCUCAUCACUCACCUGCACAGAGUGACGGAGUGUGCGGAGGAGAAUAAAAUGACGGCGAGUAAUCUGGGGAUUAUCUUCGGGCCGACGCUGAUAAAGCCGCGGCAGACGGAGGCGGAGGUGUCGCUGUCGUCGCUGGUGGAUUACCCGUACCAGGCUCUGAUGGUGGAGAUCUUCAUAACCCACCUCGCCACCAUCUUCGACGCUCCGCUACGCCCCGUAUCUCCACUAAACGCCCCGACGCCCACCGACUCCCCAGUACCCCGUCCCCGCGACAAAGACCGGCUCAGCCGACACUCACGAUCCCUGCUGGACAUCAAAGAGCAGGCCUCUAAAGUGUAUAAGAGACACUCCUCGGUUAUCCCCUCCACGCUCUCGCUGGACGAAGUGAAGGAGCUGAAACCCGGAGACUCGAAACCAGGAAAAGAGGAAACAACCGCAGUGGACUGUACUGACUGUCUGAACGGCGUCGGCUCAGCGGCAGAGGUGCAGAGAUCCACGCUGGUUUUUGGCAAGCCCGGUGUCACCAGCAUAACCAGCGGCCCGGUGCAGCUCCGCACUCAGCGCUCUCGCACCACCUCUCGACCAAUCAGCAUGCCCGUGGACCGGCUCCUGAAUGAGAGGAACCAACAGAACUCUGCAGAACGGGAAAACGUUCCCGCCGCCAUCCAGGAGGUUACGGAGCCGGAGAAGCCGGAAAACCGCUACAAGAGCCCGUUCAUUCACACCCACACGCUGCGGCGCACCUGGGACCGGCAGUACCGGCACUACGGCGUCACCCCCCGCACCGCCAUGAUAGUCGCCAACCUGCCUGUGUCUGACGGAACCGAUAAAACCAAACCUGCCGCCGGAGCUGAGCCGGCUUCCGGUUCUGGCAGUGGUCCUGCUUUACCGAAGAAUAACCCGCAUACGGUCCCCAUCCGAACCUUCAGGUCGUCCUGGAGGGACGCCAGUUCCGGUCAGAGCGGGGAGGGUCCGAUUACCUUCAGACAACCGAGGAUGCUCCAACCCCCGCCGGGAACUUUCUACAAACCACCAUCGGCGCCGCGCUCCAAGCCUCCGGACCUAGAACUGCAGACUGUUACCGCAUCCUCUACUUCGACAUCUGUUACCAUAGCAACAACAAUUGCCAAACCUCCAGUUGCGGAAACGAGGACAGUCACCGCAUCAUCGCCUGUUACCACAUCAACAGUUGUCACAAUGGUUUCAUUGACGAUGGGUGCACCAGUGGCCACGCUGACUGUUUCUACGACAACACCUACAGCCGUAACCAAACCCACUGUUACAAAAGUGUUGCGGUCCAUGUCGGAGGACGGUCGGUCUGAGACUCGCUCCUCCGGAUUUGAUACGAUCAGUUUACCGACUCUUUCUCCCCCAAUGUCUCCGUCCUCCACCCCCGAGGACCUGAGCCCCACCGAGGCCAAGCCCGUGUACCAGAGACAGCGCGGCAGUCGCCGCAUCGUCCCCAGCGAGACGGAGCGCCGGGAAGCUCACUUUGUGUAAAGUGCUACCGUGGCUAUAGGCUUCGUCCCACGUUACAGUCACCGGCCUCCUAACAUCGCUACCACAGCGUUAGCACACCAGCCACAGGCGUCGUCCAAUGACGUAACUUCACAGAGUUAGCAUGCCGGCUAUUUGCCGCGUCCCACAUCUCUACCGUGGCAUUAUGGUGCCAGCUACCGACCACCAUCUUUAUCACUACCGACAUCCCUACUACAGUGUUAGCACAACGUCUACGUACCAUGUCCUGCAAUUCUACCAUAUUCUUACCAUCGCUAUCACACCAUUAGCACACUGCUACAGUGUUGCUAGCAGGCUAGCUACGAGCCUUCUGACACUGCUACACUGUUGCUAACAGGCGUCACAAAGUCACAAACCCCAGCAUUAGCAUGUAGACUAUGGGCCUUGUCUUAAAUUGCUACUACUUUUAUUAGCAUGCCCGCUAAAGGCCUUGUGCUACAUCGCUACUACAGUGUUAGCACUCUGGCUACAGGCUUCAUACCCCGUUAUUCUCGCCACAUUAGCACGCCUCGGCUAACAAAUCAGAUGCUCUGUACGUCUUAAACAAACAUCACGUUAGCUUUCCGUCCAAAACCGUAUCCGAGUGGAAAAUCCGAUCUGUUUCUUUGAAUCCACAAAAAUUUGCCCGGUUCCGCCUCCAGCAGUUUUUAGUCCCGCCCACUAAUGCUCAGGUUAUACUGAGUGUAUUAGAGCAUAUAGCAGACGCCUAAACCUCCUAAACUCCGCCCCCACAGGAAGUUAUAAUACAUGGUUUUAUCUCCUGCUGUUCAAUUUUAAAUUUUUAAAUAAUUAUCAUUUUAAAAACGAAAAAUUAUUGUUCUGUAAAAUGUUGUGAAUGCAGGCACCAAGUGUCGCUAUUUAAGCCCCGCCCACAGACACCACAUUCGUCCAGAUGUUGUAAUUAAUGAAUAUAUGUGUAUGUAUAUUUGUAAAAACCUUUUUCUACUGCAAUACUGUUACAACAAAAAUGUGUUUAAGAAAACGUUUUAAAGUUAAAACUAAAAAAUCCUAAAUAAGUUUUUAGUUUUUUUUGCUGCUUUUCUCUGGAAUCUCUGAUACAUUAAACAAUAAAUCCACAUCCAGAUCCUGACUGAUCUGUGACGCACACUGUUGCAUUCAUUAUGAUGUCGGACAUGAUGGAAUAUGCAUUAAAUAUAUAUUUCUAAAAUCUCAUUUUUAAAAAUUUAAUUCUACCUGGAAGAAUAAAUAAUGUAUAUAAAUAUUUGUAACACAAGUAAUAAAUACCAAACGUUUAUAAAGUGCAUCAGUAUGCAGAAAUAGAGAGCCAAGUUUGACUUGUUUUUAUAGUAAAUAUUUUAAAAAGUGAAUUUUUCAAUUGUCCAAUGAAAAACAAGUACCUCCUUUUUGUAGAUUUUUAGUUUUCUACAUAAUUUGAACAUACAAACUCCAUUACACUGCAUUACAAUUUCCUAAUGAAUGGACCAAUAAAAACUCUUCAGAAUUAUCUGAAAUUAACUAAUUUUACUUUGACUUCUAUAGAAAGUUAAGAAGAUUUUAGGCCAUGUUUUAGUGAUAAAAAUACUGUCUGUUUAAAACUGUAUAAUAUAUAUAAAAAUAUAUAAAACAAAUUCGGUCUGUAAUAAUUCGACACAGUUUGAGCUGUAAUUUCUCGGUCCAUAACAUUUGAAAUAUAUAAAUAUAUAUAUUGAAUAUAUGUGUGUAUGAUGAUGUGUGAGGAUAUGUUGCACAGUAAACAGCUGUUUAUAGGAAAUCUGUACAGUGAAAUUAAACCUGUAUAUUAUGAAUUUUAUUACAGUGUAUUUUUAUAAUGCACUUAAAAUUCUAAUGAGUGGAAAUGUGAUGAAUAUUCAUGUUGUAUUUACAUAUUUACAGUAAACCUGCUUGCUGCGGGAGAGAGUUACUGUUUAAUUUCUGUUUUUAUUUUACAGAAACUGUUUUUAAAGAGGAAGUGUGUUAAUUUUAUUGUAAUGAUUAUACUGGUUAUACUGGUGAUGCUCCUGAGGAAGAACACUGUUCAGAUUAAAUCUUAUUAUAUAACCUCA